AUGAGCCUGAUACGACGUAGCUCACAUAUUUUCAACAGGAAACAUUUUCAAAGGCUCAGACUCAUCAAGCAGCUUGGAGUAUCGUACUACGUCUGGCCGGGUGCAUCUCACAAUCGUUUUGAACACUGCCUGGGUGUCGGACAUCUUGCUCGAAGGAUGGUUGAGCAUAUCAAAUCGUCUCAACCCAGCCUUGGCAUUAACGACCACCACAUCAAGUGCAUAGAGUUAGCUGGAUUGUGUCACGAUCUGGGACAUGGCCCAUGGAGUCAUGUGUGGGAUGGAUUGUUCAUUCCAAAAGCAUUGAAUGGAAAACGUUGGAAACACGAAGAUGCCUCCGAACUCAUGUUCGACCACAUGAUCAAGGAAUACCGUCUGAAGAUCACUCCCAAAGAGGCGACUUUCAUCAAAGCACUCAUUGCUGGUGAUACAACGCGCUGCGAGGAGGGCAAAGACUUUCCAUUUUUAUUCGAAAUUGUAGCCAACAAGCGUAAUGGGAUCGACGUUGACAAAUUUGAUUACAUCGCUCGUGAUUGCCAUGCGAUUGGAGAGAAGGGGAAUCUGUCUCUUACUAGACUCAUACACUCAGCACGCGUGAUCAACAACCAAAUAUGCUAUGGUAUAAAAGAUGCAGAACAGAUCUAUGAGCUCUGUUAUACCCGCUUCAGUCUUCACAAGCGUAUCUACAAUCACAAAACUGCUAAAGCCAUUGAAUAUAUGGUCAUCGAUGCUCUUCUUGCUGCAGAACCAAUCAUGAAAUUCGCGGAGCAAAUUGACAAGCCAGACAGAUACGUAUUUUUGACAGACGAUAUUCUGUCUCGUAUCGAAAUGACCACCGACGAGGAACUUCAACCAUCCCGUGAUAUCAUCGAACGCAUCCGUACUAGAGACCUAUACAAGCUGGUGGACUUCAAGGUGUUUUCUUGGGAGUUCAGGAAUCGGUGUCAAGAAUAUAUCACCCCCGAACGCAUCGUAGAGGCAGCCCAUUUCUCACCUCCCCCGGGUGCUGAUAAACUAGAUCUGGAAGAACUUACUCCUGAAGACAUUAUCGUCAAUCUUAGCCCUAUGCACUAUGGCAUGCAGGAGAGGAACCCUCUCGAUUUCGUCAGGUUCUACUCCAAGCGCAACCCCAAUAUUUGCCGGCCAGCUGAGCCUGGUGACAUAUCUCUUCUUAUGCCAUCUUCUUUCGCCGAGGUCCUUCUGCGAAUAUAUACGAAAGAAGAACGUUUCGUUGGCAUUGUUCAAGCGGCGUAUCGUGAAAUCUUAAUGACGUUACCGGAUCAUGUUCCUCAGUCGCCUUUACGACCUGCUCAAGAUGCUCCAACCGCAACACUCACACCACCAGCUACGGAGGCACCGUCUACACCACGCGCACUUUCCCGUAAUGUUAGUCUCAGUCAGAUUGGCGUGACACCGUUUUCCAAUAACGAAUUUACCACUGUGCCUCCGAACUUCCAUCCCACUUCUCCCGAGCGCGGAACCAAGAAACCAAGGAGUAAAAGAGGAAGGGAUACGAGCGGGAUGACUGAUACUGGCAGCCCUCCUCGGAAAAGGAGAGCAUAAUGGAUACAAAGCAGCAAACCCUGCAAUCAAUUACAGUAGUACAUAAUGACUUCCUCUUUCAUCUAACUACUAUACCCUCUAAUUCGCUGUCGAUAGGCUAUGCGCAGAUUUCCAUUUUUACACUUUUGUAUCAAAUUAGCGUGUUUCGCUGGCACUACCUGGGAGACACAUACCUUUUAAAUUAGCCAGUAAUAGAUAUCAUAUGUUUUUCGCAAUUAUACGCUCAUCUUCAUCGC